AGGUGCACCAAAGAAACUCAAGAAUUCAUUAUAUUGCAGAGACCAAACAAGAAGAAGAAGAAUGCACGGACAAGUUUCCAACGAGCUAGAAGUCGAUGUCCCAGCGAGUAAAGUAUGGGAGAUCUAUGGCACCACAAAACUUCCACAGCUUACUCAAGAAGCACUCAAGGAUUUUGUUGAAAAGGUUGAGAUUGUUGGUGAUGGAGGAGUAGGAUCUACUGUCAAAAUUGUCUUUGUACCAGGAGUGAUACCCGGGAUUACUUGGUACAAGAAGAAGUAUACCAAGGUUGACAAUGAGAAUCGAGUGAAGGAAACAGAGGAUGUGGAAGGGGGAUAUCUGGAUUUGGGCUUCACUUUGUAUAGAGUUCGAUUCGAGAUCAUUGAGAAAGAUAAGGAUUCAAGCAUCAUCAAAUCAACUGUUGAGUAUGAUCUCAAGGAUGAAGCUGCAGCUAAUGCCUCCAUCAUCAGCAUUGCGCCAUAUGCCAAGCUUGCACAAGCUGCGAAGGAGCAGCUCAUUAAAACCAAAGCUUAAUCAAUUAAUUAUUAGAAAUGAGAUUAAUCAUGAUGAUAUGGGUAUUUCAUCAUAAUUAAUCAAAAUAAACCUAAAAAAUAAACGUAUAAAUAGCUAGUUCCUUAACUUUCAUCCUGUUGGAUGUUAAAAAAUAAGUAUUGUGUAAUUUGAUAUGUAAAAUUGAGUAUCCCUUGUGUUCUAAAUUAAGUUAAUAAUAUAUUGUUUUACGU